AUGGAUUCAUCCAGCUGUGAAGAUGAUGAACUCGAUGAACAAUUAAUUCAACAUCUUGAAGAAUGUAGCGGACUUUCGACACAGUUAGUUGUGAAUCAUGCUUAUAUCGCAGCAGCUACUCAAGCAGCCGCUAAAGCACUCAACUUUAAACACUGUAAAAGUAAGCAAAGUGAAAUUCUAUGUUACGUACCACUAAUGGACUUAGGAAGUUUACGAAAAUUUAUUUUGCUUGAUGGAGACUUCGAGUAUUUUCCGGAAUUUCUUUUUACGAUAGAAUAUUUACCUCUUAUAUUCAGUCACCUUUAAAGACCUUCGGUAGCUUUUUAUGCACAUAGGAUAAAAACGUAAAAUUGAGGCAAAGUGCUGCUAAUCCAAAACUUCAGCAAAAUCUUUUUCU